AUGGGGUGUACACCAAGAUGUACUAUUACAGAUCAAGAUCCAGCACUAAAGGUCACAAUACCCAACAUUACGCCAGAAACGAGACACCGGUUCUGUAUGUGGAACAUCAUGUCAAAAGUCGGGGACAAGGCAGGACCUGCAUUGGCAAAGAACGUCGAGUUUAAAAAGGCCCUAAACAAUGCAGUAUGGGAUGAAACCUUAAGUGCCACCGAAUUUGAAUUGAAAUGGGCAAAGGUAAUGCAAGAUUACAACCUUGUUGAGCACAGGUGGUUUAACCAAUUGUACGAGGCACGUGCAUCGUGGAUACCUGCAUAUUUCCAAGAUAUACUCAUGGGAGGACUACUAAAAACAACAUCACGUUCAGAAUCGAAGAACAGUUAUUUCAGCAAAUUCAGAAAUCACCACUGCAGCCUAGUCGAGUUUAUAAUGCAAUACAACCGCGCCAUAGAAGAACAGAGGCAUAACCAUGCAAAGUUGAAUACAGAUUGUGAAGGUUCAACCCCUGAACCGAAAACCCCGUUGGGCACGGAACGCCAAGCAGCGGCACUGUACACCAUUAACAUAUUCUACGAGUUCCAAAAAGAAAUAUGGGCCGGAAGUUUCACAUGCAAAAUCACCAACAAGACACUUGAGGACGGAAACCGGAGGUACGUUGUACACGAAACAGGUGCGAAACUGUACGAUGUAACACACCAAGAAUCUACCCACAAAACAGAAUGCAGUUGCAACAAAUUGAACAGAGUAGGAAUCUUAUGCAAGCAUGUGCUAGCAAUUUUCAAGGACGAAGGCAUCGAAGAAAUACCAGGACACUAUAUUGUUCCCCGAAGGACAAGAGACGCAUGUGCACGGCCAAUGUAUGAUAUUGUGUUGAAAGGCAGCCCUAAUACGCAAGGGGGGAACGAACUCAAAUCAAAUGCGAACCAACUCUGGAAUGAAUUCUACAACUUCUUAGGAUUGGCUAAUGGAAGUGAAAAUGAUAUGGCUCUAAUGUUGACAACAAUGCAGCAACUAAACGGGAAGUUAAAGAGUGCUAAGCAACAAGCCAACCAAAGCACCAGCCACCAAUCAGUGAUUGAAUCAAUAGUCAACGCUACUGCACCUACCGAGAUCCAAAUCAAGCCACCCAAUGUUGCCAAAAACAGGGGCAGCGGGAAACGAUUAAAGAGCAAUAAAGAGAAAGAAAUGGAAAGAACGAAGAAAAAGGUGAGGACAUGUGCUACUUGCGACCAACCGGGCCACGACAACCGGAAUUGUCCAGAAAGAAAAGACAUAUCAGACGAGUAG